AACAAAACAAAAAAAAAGUAUGUUUGAAAGAGGCAAAAGGUGGAACUAAUGGAAUCUAUGGGUAUGAAGAAAAUAUAGUUCAGAUUUACCAGUUGGCCAGCUCGAAAACCACCUUUGUGGAAGCCAUCCUUCAGCUUGCCAGGGAUCAAGCAAGCCAUUCUUUCUCACGGAACAUGUGCGAUUUUAUUGGCCUUUUACUCUGACUCUGUCUAGGGUUGGCAGUUGCUUCCAACCCUAACUUGCUUUUAUUUACUGAAUCGGCAAAUCUAAGCUGAACCUUCAACACUUAAAGGCAGGCCAUCUUAUUGGCUGGCACUCACUUCUUUUUUCCCUGUUAAGCCCGGGGCUGUAAAUUGCAGCCUACAUUCUCGGGCACACUACAUACAAAAAGCAAUCAGGGUGGAAAAGAAUGCGUGUUUCAGUUCUUCGCCGUUCUUGAACCACGCGGUAAAGGCACGCUUUUCAAAAGAACCGAAUCGGAGGCACAAACGGAAAUGAAAGGGGAACACGAAUGCAUGAGAACGUUCAAAACUCCGUUUCUAAUACCAGACUACUUUCUCCACGUAGUUUCACAAGCCCCUGAGCACCUCUGGCCUCUCGUGACCGAUCCCAAUCUCGGAGUUAGGACCACGCUUCUCAUUCUACACAGCACAGAGAGGGGAGUGGGGGCAGGCACCAUCAUUUACUUGUCAAAAUCCGAACACAUGGCGAAAGCCACCCUCGGGACGAGGAUAAGAAAAGGGAAGGGCUUUAAAAAUGGACCGUGGCCCCCAGAACAAUCACACCGGGUGCAGGGGAGGCUGGGGAACUCGGGCGGGGCUCCCGGGAAGCCUGCUUUUGAAAGCGCUGCGGCUCGCCGCACGGGCUGCAGAGGAGGACGGAGGCUGCGGCGGCGCGGACGCUCUAACCCGCUCUCUGCAGGCCGGCUGAGGCCGCCGCAGGCCGCCCGGCCCCGGGCCCCGGCUCGCUCCGGAGGGCGCCAGAGGAGCCCAGCGAUCCGCGUCGGCCCCGCGCCCCCCAGGACCGGCCUCCCGCCGCCGCCGAGGAGCUCCCAGGCAUCCACAAAGGCUCGUUUGUGUAAGUGUGAAGACGAUGAUAAGAACCAAAUAAGAGCAAUGAAUGUUGGAGGACAAAGAGGAAAGCAAAACAGCUGGACCCAAUACAGGUUUCCCAUGAUGAUCUUGAUGCCCCUUGCUCACAGAAUCCCUCUUCUCUCUCUUCGACUGGACUCCUGGAGCUCAGCCUGGUGUUUGGCUGUGGAUCUCUGCAUCUGCUUCCAUCCAUUACUGGAGAAAGGCUAUAUGAUGACAGUUACGGUAUUUACCGGUCUGAUGACUGGGGUAAGCCAGUUCAGUUCAGGCACCCUCUCCACUAUUUCUAGUAGUCCAAGUUGGGGUCAUCCUUGGGGAUUCCAGGCAACUUCCCUAGCACCAGGUUUCUCUCUAUCCCCAUGAUGUCUCCAUCUAUCAUGGUAUCUCUUUCAAUGCUCUCCCACUCCAUCCCUGUUCCAGCUUGACCAUCCUGUUUCCUUAUGUUCUCAUCCCCUACCCCCUACUCUCCAUUGCCCACCCCUCACCCCCAGUUUACUCAUGGAGAUCUUAUCUAUUUCUUCUUCCCAAGGCGAUCCAUGCAUCCCUCUUUGGGUCCUCCUUGUUAGCUAGCUUCUCUGGAGCUGUGGGUUGUAGUCUGGUUAUCCUUUGCUUUACAUCUAAUAUCCAUUUAUGAGUGAGUACAUACCAUGUUUGUCCUUCUGAGUCUGGGUUACCUCCCUCAUCCUGGGAUGUUUUUAAACAACAGAUACUGAUUUAUUGACUGUAGGGUAGAAUGUGCAAUCCUGCACUUCCAACAUGUUUCCAGGGCUGCUCUUGUCUUAGUUCCUGAGCCAUAAACACUUCUUGGCAAAUACAGCAAGAUGUUAAGUUGAUUUCUUCUUGAGCUAUGGAGCCACCAAGUGUGCUUUUGAAAACUCCUUUUAUCAGUUAGAUAUAUCCCCAUCUACUUAUAACUCCAUGACAAUUUUUAUCAUAAUGAGAUGUUGGAUUUGUUAAGUAUUUUUUACCAUAUGAAUUGAUAUAAAUAUGCCUUUAAUGUGUAAUUUGGCUUUUCAGACAUUGAAUUAACCUUGAUUAGUUCAUAAUAGUCGUCGAAAGUAUUACUGUUUGCCAGGCGGUGGUGACACACACCUUUAAUCCCAGCUCUCGGGAGGCAGAGGCAGGCAGAUCUCUGUGAGUACCAGGCCAGCCUGAUCUACAGAGCAAGCUCCAGGACAGCCAAGGCUACACUGAGAAACCCUGUCUCGAAAAACCACACACACAAAAAGAAAAUAUUGCCGGGCGGUGGUGGCGCACGCCUUUAAUCCCAGCACCCGGGAGGCAGAGCCAGGCGGAUCUCUGUGAGUUCGAGGCCAGCCUGGUCUCCAAAGCGAGUUCCAGGAAAGGCGCAAAGCUACACAGAGAAACCCUGUCUCGAAAAAAACCAAAAAAA